CUGUUUGUAACAGCUGCUGACGUUCCUCCGGCACAGGGGAGCUUGGCUGGAACAGAAAAUGUCCAGAGCUGGAACCAAGGUCACCUUCUAUGAAGACAAGAACUUCCUGGGCCGUUACUACGAGUGUGACAGCGACUGCCCUGAUUUCCACAGCUACCUGAGCCGCUGCAACUCCAUCCGUGUGGAUGGAGGCACCUGGGUGGCCUACGAGAGGCCCAACUAUGCUGGGAACAUGUACGUGCUGACCCACGGGGAGUACCCCGACUACCACCACUGGAUGGGCCUCAACGACCGCCUGGGCUCCUGCAAGUACAUCCAGAUUCCAAGUGGAGGCCGAGGCCACAUCCAGGUGUUUGAGAAGGGAGAUUUUGGCGGGCAGAUGUUCGAAGCCACCGAAGACUGCCCCUCCAUCAUGGAGGAGUGGCACAUGCGUGAGGUGCACGCCUGCAGGGUGCUGGAGGGCGUCUGGGUGUUCUACGAGCACCCCAACUACCGGGGCCGGCAGUACGUGCUGCCCAAGGGGGAGUACCGCAAGCCCGUGGAGUGGGGCGCGGCCAGCCCCGCCGUCCAGUCCUUCCGCAGCAUCUCCGAGUGA